CACACACCGUCAAUCAGCGAUGCGUUUGAAAGCUUUAAGGGUACAUGAUGCAAAUUAACACUGUUUUCUCUUGAUAAUCUUUGUGGCAGGCAAUCAUAUUCCCAACCACCCAUCACAAUCACAAUCAUCUUCACACUCUCACUCCCAAACAACAAGAAUGGCAGAAACCCCCUCAACCCCAAUCCGAUUCGGCAUCCUAGGCUGCGCCGACAUCGCUCGCAAGGUCUCAAGAGCAAUCACCCUCUCCCCCAACUCCACCAUCCACGCAAUCGGCAGCCGAUCACUCGAAAAAGCCACCAAAUUCGCCGCCAACAACAACUUCCCACAACACGCCAAAAUCUACGGAACUUACGACGCCGUUUUGGACGACCCUGACGUUGACGCUGUCUAUGUUCCGUUACCCACCAGCCUGCACAUCAAGUGGGCCGUGCUUGCGGCCCAGAAGAAGAAACAUAUUCUGCUUGAGAAACCUGUGGCGUUGAAUGUUGGUGAGUUUGAUGAGAUUUUGAAAGCGUGUGAGGUUAAUGGUGUCCAGUUGAUGGAUUCUACUAUGUGGAUGCAUCAUCCACGCACGGCUAAGAUGAAGAACUUUCUUUCGGAUUUGGACAAAUUCGGGGAGUUGCGAUCGAUUCAUGCAACCUUUACCUUUGCUGCUGAUCAAGACUUUCUUGAAAAUGACAUCCGUGUGAAGCCUGAUCUUGAUGCUCUCGGUGCACUUGGAGACGCAGGAUGGUAUUGCGCUCGUGCAAUAUUAUGGGCCAAUGAUUUCAACCUGCCCAAAUCCGUAACCGCGUUACCAGGAACCAUAUUUAACAAAGCAGGAGUUAUCAUAUCCUGUGGGGCCGCUUUACACUUGGACGACGGCAAAGUUGCAACGCUUCACUGCUCGUUUCUCGCAAAUCUAACAAUGACCAUUGUCGCUUCAGGAACAAAAGGUAGUUUGCAUUUAAAUGACUUUGUUAUCCCUUUUGAAGAGAAGCAGGGUACGUUCACGACCGCAACCGAAUCGGGGUUCACCGAGUUGGUGACCGGGUGGGCCCCUUUACCAAGUCAGCAUACUGUCAUGACUGAUCUUGCACAGGAAGUUCGUAUGGUUACUGAGUUUGCGAGGCUGGUCAAAAGUGUUAAGAAUGAUGGUGCGGCUGUUGAGAAACUGUGGCCAACGUUGAGUCGGAAAACACAGUUUGUGUUGGAUGCAGUGAAGAUUUCAGUUGAGAAAGGUGGUGAGACUGUGAGUUUGAGUUGACUCGGUUAGGGUCGGUUUGUAAUCAAACUUGGAUUUCGUUGUUUGAGUGUGAAAACAUGAAUAAUGUUGUAGCCUGUACUUGAUAAUAAUGCAUUUUGUAUAAGUUA